AUGUGGAUUGUCAACUGGUUCUGGGAUACUCUCGCCUCUUUCGGGCUCCUAAACAAGCAUGCCAAACUCCUAUUCCUUGGUCUCGACAACGCCGGAAAGACAACCUUGUUGCACAUGUUGAAGAACGACCGCGUAGCUAUCCUCCAGCCUACUCUCCAUCCCACAUCCGAAGAGCUUGCCAUUGGCAAUGUCAAGUUCACCACAUUCGAUUUGGGUGGCCAUCAACAAGCUCGCCGUCUCUGGAAGGACUACUUCCCUGAGGUGUCCGGUAUCGUCUUCCUUGUCGACGCAAAGGACCACGAACGUCUCUCCGAAUCAAAAGCCGAGCUUGACGCCUUGUUGUGCAUGGAGGAAUUGGGCAAAGUUCCAUUUGUCGUACUGGGCAACAAGAUUGAUCACCCAGACGCAGUCAGUGAAGAUGAGUUGAGACACCGGUUGGGCUUAUAUCAAACCACGGGCAAGGGCAAGGUUCCGCUUGAGAAUAUUAGACCGAUUGAGGUUUUCAUGUGCUCUGUUGUUAUGAGACAAGGUUAUGGUGAUGCUAUCAGAUGGUUGUCCCAGUACGUCUAG